UGAUUUUCAUUGUAACGUGGUGUUGUUGAUUUUCGAACAUUAUCUUGAAAUAAUUUUUUUUCCCCGAUAAUUGAUAUUAUUUUUCAUAGAAUUGGAAACCGUAUAUUACUUACCCAAUAUUGAUCACUGGAAGUAAAACCUCUCUUUCAUGGCAAAGGUAGUCAAAAUAAAGAAUGGAAUCUCAAGUUCAUGAAGAUCUUUUGAAAAUAAUACAAGAUUCAUCUCUCAAAGCUAAUACAAGAGCCCGUGGAUUUGAAUAUCUUCUGGGGCUUUCAGCAACAGAAGAAGGAUUGUACCAAAUCAUAGCUUUUCAAAAAUAUAUUCCUUUCCUUCUAAAAUUCAUUGCAAUCAAUGAAGCACAUGAGUUUCUGGUAGAAUUAGCUCACAAAUGUUUAAUCAACAUCUCAGCUAGUCACGAUGGAGCAUCAGACAUAAUUAAUUCAGAAGAAGACUUAAUUCUGCUUCUUUUGAAUAAAAUAUGUGAUACAACUUAUAAAUUUGUAGACUACACGUGCUAUAUAUUAUCAAAUUUAGCAACAUGUAGUGAGAUUUUAAAGCAAAAGGACUCUACCACAAAUUCAAAUUUGCUAGACAAACUUCUGGAAAAUUUCUUUUCUAAUGAAGAGGAAACAAGGGACAAAUAUAAAUUUUUAGCUUUAUAUUUUGCAACAAUUUCAGGAUAUCCUGAGAUAAUGAACACACUAAUAAGUAAUGAAAAAUUUAUCACAAGUUUUGUUCAUCAUAUAAAUUUAAAAGAUCCUUAUGUACGUCGAGUGGGAAUAGCUGUAACGCUGAGAAAUCUUUGUUCUGAAACUAGUGUUCAUAAAUUACUCAUUGAAAAGGAUGUUCUUUCUGUUUUAUUAUUACCACUUAUGGGCCCAGAAGAAUAUGAAGAGGAACACAUGGAAAAGCUACCAAUAGACUGCCAGUAUUUAGAGAGCUCUAAAGAAAGAGAGUCUGUUCCUCAAAUCCGUAGGGCUUUAGUUCAAGCUUUAUCAUUGCUAUGUUAUACAGAAGAUGGAUGGAAUUACCUGAUAACCCAUUCUGUAUAUUUUGUUAUAAGAGAUCUUCACAAAUGGGAGACAGAUCCAACUACAAAGGAAGCAAUUGAAACUUUGGUUGGCUUUCUGCUUGUUGAACAAUAUGGUGAAGUAAAUACCGCAGCUGGAGGAAGUGGAAUUUUGACUCCAUCUGUAACUGAAAUUGUUAAUGAUCUCCCUGAUUUUAUUGUUAUGUAAAUAUUAAAAAGCUAUUUUUUCUUUUA